AUGUCUAGUUUUCAACCAAUCAAUCCAAAACCGUUCAUGAAGUCGCUAAUAGGAAAGCAAGUGGUGGUUAGACUAAAAUGGAACAAGACAGAAUACAGAGGCCAAUUGAUAUCGACAGACAAUUAUCUCAAUUUGCAAUUAGAUAACACGUUUGAGAUAAUUUAUGAUAACGAAGAUAAACCUCGCGAAGAGGCCAUUGGAAGUAUAUUUAUAAGGUGCAAUAAUGUGUUGUUCAUAAGAGAACAUAAAGACCAAGAAGCUGAGAGCAAAAUACCCGCGAAAGAGGAAUCCAAAAAGGCUAAAGAAGCAGACAAGACCACCAAUGGUGAUGCAAGUGGUAAUGGAAUCGAGGUCACAAAGGUAGAGUUGAAAGAAGCUGUAAUGGAGGAAUAA